CCAAAAUGGCCGCUGUUGUAUUUUGACGUGUAAUAGGUAGCUACUUUUCUUUUUGUUUCGCUCCUGGCCUGACAGAAAAGCUAAGCCAACCGGAGACUUAUUGGACUAGCUGUAUGUCACCAGUCCUCGCGCAGUCGUCUCCUCGUUGUUAUCAUCGAGACAAUCAAGCCUGACACAUAUUAAUUAAACGAGUUGGACUAUGCAUAUCUAGUUGAGAUUGAGGCUAGCUAGCAGGCUCUGGCUGGCACAUAGUGCAGUAGUUGAAAUUGAGAUAACUGGUUAGACUUUCACCUGUGAUGGAGGAAUUGAGUGCAGAUGAGAUUCGAAGAAGGCGAUUGGCACGGCUGGCAGGGGGGCAGACCUCACAGCCAAACACCCCUCUCAGUACCCCACUGACAUCCCCACAGAGAGAAACUCCACCGGGACCCCUUCCUGGACCAUCAGGUGUAACAUCUCAGCCCUUGCCACCAGCUGCUUCUCAAUCAUUGGGGCUCAAUGCUCACAGCGGUACUCCUGCCACUUCCCCGAUUGGCACCACUGGUGUGGCUUUUGGCAGUCAAAGUAGUGAAGGUGUGAGCUCCCUUUCCAGCUCCCCCUCCAACAGCCUUGAGACUCAGUCCCAGAGUUUGUCCCGAUCCCAGAGCAUGGACAUCGACACUGCUUCUUGUGAAAAGAGCAUGUCCCAAGUGGAUGUGGAUUCGGGGAUAGAGAACAUGGAGGUGGAAGACAGUGACCGCAGGGAGAAAAGGAACUUGACCGAAAAAGAAACGUCUACAAACUCAGAUGUCACAGAGGACCAGGCUCUGCAGCUCAUUUGUAAGAUCCUCCGUGUGUCAUGGAAGGAGCAGCACAGAGAUGUCAUUUUCCUCCCUUCACUGGGUGCUGAAUUCCAGCGUAACCCUAAAGAUGUUUACUCAGAUUUCAAAGACCUGAUCGGCCAGAUCCUGAUGGAGGUCCUCAUGAUGUCCACCCAGUCGCCUGUCCAUAAUCCUUUCGCCAGCUUGACCUCCACGUCGCAGCCAAUUGCAGCAGCCAAAUCUCCGGACAGACACCUAACACUGAUAGAGCCCUGCAGCCAAGGUGGCAGCCCCAUGGGUCCCAAUGCAGGAUCCUUUGGAGCUAGCUCUCUGUCAAGCCUGUAUGCGUGUGGUAGUCCUUACCCAAUUACCCUGGAUGCAGCCAAGAGGACCUCACCAAAUGUUCCCACCUCCACCACUUCCUCUGUACCUUCCACUCCGUCUACACCACAGUUCAAUGUUCCACCCAGCCCACCUACCACCGCUGCUUCCCUGAGACAGUCCCUCAACCCUCCUUCUGCCCCCAUGCCCAUCUCCCUUCGCUAUCGGCCUUACUCUGUUUCAUCUCCCUGGGGAGCUCCGUCCCCAUCCAGCCCAGGACAUAGAGCAUUGAGCUUUUUUUCAGCUUCUCCCAGCCCAGUAGGCCCCACUGUGCCUCCAAAUACCCCAGUUCCUCUGCCGACACCUAGCACCCGGUCCCUCUUCUUGAGUUCACCCCCUACGGUUCUGCCUUUUCCCAGAACAAAUUCCCGACAGACCGCCUUUGUGUCCAGGAUCCCGCCUUCUAGCCCUCAUUUUCAUCAUCUCCUAAUCCCUUGCUUGCUCCUUAUUCCCUUUCUCUUCCAAUCUCCACCACUAUCCUGUUCUUGUCCUUGUCAUGUUAGCCCCUUGUCCCUCCUGUUUGCCCUCUCUGACAUAUCUCAGGAUAGCAGCGAUGAAGAGUCUGAGGAGGAGGAGGAUUUUGCACGGGUUCAGUUUGGGUCCAGUCAUGGUGCAUGUGGAGGGUCAGUGUCUUGUGAUUUGGCUGGCGACCGCUUCACUAUUGAAGCAUGCAAGGAGACAGAGAUGCUGAACUACCUCAUCGAGCGCUUCGACAGUGUUGGCAUGGAGGAGAGGAAGGCUCCUAAGAUGUGUAACCAACCAAAUGUCAGCCAGCUUCUGAGCAACAUUCGCUCUCAGUGUAUCUCUCACGUUGCCCUGGUCUUGCAAGGCUCUCUGACCCAGCCCCGGAGCCCUCUCCAGCAUUCUUUGCUGGUACCAUAUAUGCUGUGCCGGAACCUCCCAUAUGGCUUUAUCCCGGAGCUGGUGCGGAUUACCCACCAGGAAGAAGAAGUAUUCAGACAGAUCUUCAUUCCUAUCCUCAAUGGGCUGGCUCUCGCAAUGAAAGAAUGUUCCUUUGACAGCGACAACUAUAAAUUCCCCCUCAUGGCAUUAGCUGAGCUUUGUGAAAUCAAGUUUGGAAAGACUCACCCUGUGUGCAGUUUGGUAACAUCACUUCCUCUGUGGUGUCCCAAACCUUUGAGCCCAGGAUGUGGCAGAGAGAUCCAGAGGCUGUCCUACCUUGGUGCUUUCUUCAGCCUCUCUGUGUUUUCUGAGGAUGAUACCAAAGUAGGAGACAAGUACUUCUCUGGUCCAGCUAUCACCAUGGAGAACACGAGAGUCGUCAGCCAAUCCUUGCAGCACUACCUGGAGUCGGCAAGGGGUGACCUUUUUAAAGUUCUUCACAACAUCCUACUAAAUGGAGAGACUCGGGAUUUAGCCCUAAAUUACAUGGCAGCUUUAGUCAACUACAAUGUGAAGAAAGCUCAGAUGCAGACCGAUGACAAGCUGGUGUCGACAGACGGUUUCAUGCUCAACUUCCUGACAGUGCUGCAGCAACUCAGCAUGAAAAUCAAGUUGGAGACAGUGGAUCCCUUCUACAUUUUCCACCCCCGUUGUCGCUUUGUCGUCAGCCCAGAGGAGACGCGCCUGAAGGCCACGAUGGAGGAGCUCAAGAGCUGGCUGUCUGAGCUACAUGAAGAUCCCGCCAAAUUCUCUGAGCCCAAGUUCCCCACAGAGUGUUUCUUCUUGACCCUGCAUACGCACCAUUUGUCUAUCCUGCCUGGCUGCAGGCGGUACAUCCGCAGGUUGCGAGCAAUUCGUGAACUUAACAGGACUGUUGAGGAGCUGAAAAACAGUGAAGCCCAAUGGAAGGACUCCCCCCUGGCCAGUCGCCACAGAGAAAUGCUCAAGCGCUGCAAAACCCAACUCAAAAAACUGGUUCGAGCCAAAGCUUGCGCUGACGUGGGCCUUCUGGAUGAGAACCUGCUCCGCAGAUGUCUGCAGUUCUACAGUACUGUGAUUCAGCUCAUUCUCCGAAUGGUGGACCCUGCUUACCCAAACAUUACCCUGCCAUUGAACCCUGAGAUUCCCAAAAGUUUUGCUGUGCUCCCUGAGUUCUAUAUUGAAGAUGUAGCUGAGUUUUUACUUUUCGUUGUGCAGUAUUCUCCCCAGGUUUUAUAUGAGCCUUGUGUUCAAGACGUAGUCACCUUUUUAGUGGUGUUCAUCUGCAGUCAGAACUACAUCAGGAAUCCAUACCUUAUUGCAAAGUUGGUAGAAGUCCUGUUUGUCACCAACCCUGCUGUGCAGCCUCGCACGCAGCGCUUUUCAGAAAUGAUGGAGAACCACCUGUUGUCCAUCAAACAGCUGGUGCCCGCCCUUAUGAAGUUCUACACUGAUGUUGAGCAUACUGGCGCCACCAGUGAGUUCUAUGAUAAGUUCACAAUAAGGUACCAUAUCAGCACUAUCUUUAAAAGUCUGUGGCAAAACAUUGCCCACCACGGCACAUUCAUGGAGGAGUUUAACUCCGGCAAACAGUUUGUUCGCUACAUCAACAUGUUAAUCAAUGACACCACCUUCCUGUUAGAUGAGAGCCUUGAGUCUCUGAAGCGUAUUCAUGAGAUUCAAGAGGAAAUGAAGAAUAAGGAUCAGUGGGAUCAGCUGCCCAGGGACCAGCAGCAGAGCCGUCAGUCCCAGCUGACUCAGGAUGAGCGGGUGUCUCGCUCCUAUCUGGCCCUGGCCACAGAGACAGUUGAAAUGUUUCACAUCCUCACCAAGCAGGUCCAGAAACCUUUCCUCAGGCCUGAGCUGGGCCCACGUUUAGCUGCUAUGUUGAACUUUAACCUCCAGCAGCUCUGUGGGCCCAAGUGCCGGGACCUGAAGGUGGAGAAUCCGGAGAAAUAUGGCUUUGAACCCAAGAAGCUCUUAGACCAACUGACUGACAUCUACCUGCAACUAGACUGUGCCCGAUUUGCUAAAGCAAUAGCAGAUGACCAGCGGUCGUACAGCCGAGAGCUCUUUGAGGAGGUAAUCUCAAAAAUGAGGAAGGCUGGCAUCAAGUCCUCAAUCGCCAUCGAAAAAUUCAAGCUGCUAUCAGAAAAGGUGGAGGAAAUAGUGGCCAAGAACUCCCAGUCGGAAAUGGACUACAGUGACGCACCUGACGAGUUCAAAGACCCUUUGAUGGACACGCUGAUGACCGACCCUGUGAUGCUGCCCUCGGGGAACAUCAUGGACCGAUCCAUCAUUCUUCGCCACCUGCUCAACUCGCCCACUGAUCCCUUCAACCGGCAGCCGCUCACUGAGAGCAUGCUGGAGUCAAUUCCUGUACUGAAGGAGAGGAUCCACGCUUGGAUGAGAGCGAAACAGGGAGGACGACUUGUCUAAAGACUUGUCAACAGCGCCUUGCCCUGCUCUCCAUAAUGAAGACAUCUGGCCCAAAUCGCCUGAAUUUAGUGUCACCGCUACCAACAAUAACAAACAUGAUGAUUUUGAUUUUUGCCCUUUUUGCCCUACACAGGCCAUUACAAUAAUACUCAAAACACAUCAUAAUAAAGUUAUGAAUUACUUUUUUUGUUUGCUUUGGGAAUUUGUGUAUACUAUAUGUAUAUCUAAAUGUAUACAUAUAUUUAACAAUUAGGGUGUCUCUCAGGCUGCACAAAACAGUCUCCGUCACACACAGGUUUAACACAGAGCUGCAUAAAGAGACUUCAUUAAAUAUUUUCCUUGAUGGUCCAUGUGUGUUUUGUAACAAUGUGUAUGUGGGCGUUAUUAAAGAUUUGUGAUGCUUGUAGGAUGACGGACUGAGAAGCAUAUUUGGAAGUUGUUGUUGCAAGCUAGACUCUGACAAUGACUAAUUUGAGUUGGUAUCGUGUGCUGAAGUCUCACUUCUUAACAGAUGCACCACCUGUGCUUGUUCUAGGCAGAAUUAAGGAUGUAGCUUAAGCAAUCUAAAAUGUCUGUUUCCUUUUGAGUGCAGUCAGAUGUUAUCAGAAUUGAUGUACCCAAAUAGACUUUUUUGUUUGUUUUGUUUUUAAAUUCUAUUUUAGUCACAUUUCCCCUGCUAACUUUGAAAGACUAAAUUGGCUUAUUUGGGGCGCAUGGCUGCUAUUUCAGAACCCUUAAACCCUUCUAGAAAACGGGCAGCUUGGUCUGAACACGACAGAAUGUAGCAUGAGCUCCAGCAUCAUUGGAACACCUUGACAACAUGACUAGAGAUAGUCUCUCUCGCUAUGUACUUAACGUGACCUUGCUGACCUUAACUGUACAGGAAAUUAUUCCUUCACUACACACAAUUGUUUUGGGAAGCUAGGAUUUUGAACUGAAAAUAAAUAAUGCACAUUAUUCCAAA